CUCAACGAUCACCGUCAACAAUUCGGUCACGAAUCGAUCUGCGACUCCAACUUUCAAUAUCGGACGACUAAGCAAUCCAAUUCUGCACUAUGAGAUUCAACGCUAUUAUCGCCUCCGCUAUCCUUGCGGUCACAAUCUCUGGCGCAGCACUUCCAGUGCCUGCCGAGGCUGCCGAGAAGCGUGAAGCUGAGCCGCAACUCCCAACUUGGCCGCGCCCGUAUGGUAUCCCUCAUGGCAUGGCCGCUGAGAAGCGUGAUGCUGAGGCGGGGAUAACUUGGAAACGCCCUUAUGGUUUGCCACAUGGUAUGGCCGCCGAGAAACGCGAAGCUGAGCCUGAGCCACAACUCCCAACCUGGCCACGACCUAUCGGCCUUCCCCAUGGCAUGGCCGCUGAGAAACGUGAGGCUGAAGCUGAGCCACAAUUGCCAACUUGGCCACGUCCUUAUGGUAUCCCGCACGGUAUGGCCGCUGAGAAGCGCGAGGCUGAAGCUGAGCCACAAUUGCCAACCUGGGACCGCCCUUACGGUAUACCACACGGUAUGGCCGCUGAGAAACGUCACGAUUAAAGGCCACGAAGAUUGUUGCAAUUCCACAUUCUUAUCAAAAUAACUCCUAUUCUUUUGGAUACUCUCGGCGGAUUCCCCAAUCAUCCUCCAAUCUCUACCUAUCAUGCUUGGGUACCUGUGUUGGAAUAUAACAAUCCGUCGCAUCGUGUAUAUUUUUUUCGAAAGCUCUUCAUUUUGACGUCGUAUAUAGUGGCAUGAACCAGCAUUUGACUGGUAUCUACUACAGAGCAGGACUGGUAUCUCUCUUUUUGUUGGCACCCACGGUACAGGAGAAUGCCCAUGCAUGUUGGGAAGAGGACCGGUCUCUUAUCAUGAAAAUUCUUUUUGUAUGUGUUCUUGGACAUAGUCUCCGCUUAUUUAGUUUAACUCAUGUCGAAUCGUACCAAAUUUGCU